AUGGACAAGUCUUGGAUUUCAAAAGAUAGGGAUUCUUUAGAAUAUGAAGUGGGGGUUGAAUCUUUCUUGAUAUUUGCUGAAGAAAAUGCUAAGAAUCGUAAUAAAAUCCCUUGCCCCUGUGCACGUUGUGGGAAUUUUAAGAAGCAUUCUGUUAAAAUAAUUAGAGGUCAUUUAUAUGAAAAAGGAUUUAGUUUGGGGUAUGUUGAUUGGAUAUGGCACGGAGAAAAGUGUCCAACUAGCGAGUCAGCACCAAAGUCUUCUUUUGGUAGUAAUUCAGUCGAAAUUCCUACAUCCGAAAAUGUUGACAUAUGUGAAGCAGCGUAUGAGAGGAGUGAAUAUAUUGAUGAUUCGGGUGAGUUUAGUAGGUUUGUCGCUGAUGCAGAACAACCGUUAUACGAGGGUAGCGACAACAGCAAAUUAGAGUCGAUGUUGAAAUUACAUAAUUGGAAAUCUAGGUUUGGCAUAAGCGAUAGUGCCUUCACCGAUCUUCUUUCUUCUGUAGGGUCUUUACUGCCUAAAGACCAUGUGUUACCCGAGAAUGCGUAUGAAGCAAAAAAAACCCUAACUGAUUUAGGACUUGAGUAUAUUAAGUUUCACGCGUGUCCAAAUGAUUGUAUACUGUACAGGGGUUUAAAUAUUGAUGCGUCAGAGUGCCCCAAGUGCCAUCUGUCUCGUUGGAAGGUUGGAAAGGACGGUAAACCUAGGAUUAAUGUUCCAGCCAAUGUAAUGUGGUAUUUUCCGAUAAUUCCUCGAUUUAAACGGAUGUUUAAAUCUCCUGCCACAGCUGAACUUAUGAGUUGGCAUUCGAACAAGCGAAUUCAAGAUGGCCAAAUGCGUCAUCCAGCCGACUCUCCUUCUUGGAGGAAUAUUGACUAUAGGUGGCCUGAAUUUGGUAGUGAGUCGAGAAACAUUCGCUUAGCAUUAGCUGCUGAUGGAAUAAACCCGCACAACAAUGGCCUUACCAAUAGGUACACUUGCUGGCCAGUAGUUUUGGUAACUUAUAACCUUCCUCCAUGGUUAUGCAUGAAGAGGAAGUUUAUGAUGCUAACUAUACUAGUUUCAGGUCCACAUGAACCGGGUAAUAACAUUGACGUGUAUUUGCAAUUAAUGAUUGACGAUCUGAAAAAGCUUUGGGAAGAAGGUGAACGGAAUGUAUACGAUGCGUAUACAAAGUCUUAUUUCACAUUAAGAGCUGUUUUAAUGUGGACCAUAAACGACUUUCCAGCGUAUGGGAAUUUAUCGGGCUGUGUGAAUAAAGGUUAUAUGGCGUGUCCAAUUUGUGGAGAUGACACAGUAGCUAAACAUUUAAAAUAUAGCAGAAAACUGUGUUACCAAGGACAUCGAAGAUAUUUGGCACCGCAUCAUCCCUAUAGGAGGAGUAAGGCAGCUUUUAAUGGAGAACAAGACUUUGGAUGCGCACGUCAACCCCAAUCUGGUGAAGAAGUGCUAAGGCUGCAGGAGCAGAUUGAAUUUACAUUUGGGAAGGAGGUGAAAAAAGCAAAAAAAGUGGAUUGUCCAUGGAAGAAGAAGUCAAUUUUCUUCGAGUUGGAGUAUUGGAAAUUUCAUCACGUACGUCAUUGUCUCGAUGUUAUGCACAUUGAAAAAAAUGUGUGUGAUAAUUUAAUCGGGACAUUGUUGAAUCUUCCAUUCAAGAGUAAAGAUAGCGUGGACUCUCGUCGUGAUAUGAUUGAAAUGGGUGUGAGGCCUGACCUGGCUCCAGAAGUAGGAGAAAAGCGAACCUACCUCCCCCCUGCCCCUUAUACUUUGUCAAGAGCAGAAAAAAGAACGAUGUUAGGGUCAUUAUCGCAUAUGAAACUUCCUUAUGGCCAUUCAUCGAACAUAAAAAAUUGUGUUGCCAUGUCUGAUUUAAAGAUUUAUGGGUUGAAAUCCCAUGAUUGUCACACCCUUCUCCAGCAGCUUCUCCCGAUUUCAAUUCGUUCGAUUCUUCCAAAAAAUGUUCGGGUCAGCAUAAUCAGACUUUGUUUCUUCUUCAACAGUUUAUGUAAUAAAGUUGUUGAUAUAUCCAAACUCGAUAAGCUACAGUCAGAUUUGGUGUUGACUUUGUGUGAGUUAGAAAAAAUCUUCCCGCCUUCGUUUUUUGAUGUAAUGAUACACUUAACGGUCCACUUGGUUAGAGAAUUACGCUUAUGUGGACCUGUAUUCUAUAGAUGGAUGUUCCCGUUUGAAAGGUUCAACAAAGUGUUAAAGAGUUAUGUUCGGAACCGUUACUAUCCAGAGGGGUGUAUAGCAGAAAGCUACCUAGGAGAAGAGUCGGUUGAGUUUUGCUCAGAAUUUGUUAGGCAAAGCUUCAUGACUGCUGGUCUUCCAAAGGAUAAGGGCAAACUUUCUGGGCCAUUAUCGGGUGUAAUGGUAAAGUCUGUGGAUGAGAAAGAAAGAGACGAGGCACAUUUACAUGUCCUGCAGAACAACUCUGAAGUGUAUCCUUAUAUCAUGUACUUGCAUACUCUGAUUCAGGAGAGAAAUUUGGGGGAUUCCUUUAGUUUUAUUGACCCGUCGGCCUCGUUUAAUUUGAAUCAGGAUUUUGAAGGCUUAAUUGUUGGCAGGCUGAAAGAGAGCCCGGGUCGCAUUUUCUUCAUGCCACAUAAUCAAAAUGUUCAUUGGAUUUUGGUUGCAAUCUGGGAAAGUGACAUAUACCUUCUUAAUCCACUGCCGCAACGGCCACAUUAUCCAGCAUUGGAAAAAGCUUUACUAAGCGCUGUUAAAUCAUUCAAUGCUCAAACAGGAAGGGGAAAUCUUAUUCCCAAAAUACAUAAUCUUGCUGGAUCACCUAAACAACCGGGUUCUACGGAAUGUGGUUACGUUGUGAUGCGUUAUAUGCGAGAUAUAAUUCAUGAUGAGGACAUGUACUCUUUUACUACCAAGUGGUCAUCGAAGAAUCGGACAAGUUACAUGAUGGACGUACUUGAUGAGGUGCGUCUGGAGACUCUCACCCACAUUGAAAGUUUCAUGUGA